AUGGAUAAAUAUGAACGAAUCAGUAAAAUUGGUGAGGGUUCGUAUGGACUUGUGUAUAAAUGUCGAAAUCGUGACACUGGACAAUUAGUUGCAAUAAAAAAAUUUGUGGAAUCGGAAGAUGAUCCGUUAAUACGGAAAAUAGCGAUGAGAGAAAUCAGAAUGUUGAAGCAAUUAAAACACAAUAAUUUAGUGAAUUUAAUAGAAGUGUUUAGAAGAAGAAAAAGACUCCAUCUUGUUUUUGAAUAUGUUGAUCAUACAGCGCUACACGAGUUAGAUUCUCAUCCUAAUGGAGUGGGAGAGAAUACUACAAUGACCAUAGUUUAUCAAACUUUAUUAGCAGUCAAUUUCUGUCAUCAACAUAAUGCAAUUCACAGAGAUGUUAAACCAGAAAACAUUUUGAUAACAAGAAAUGGGCAAGUUAAAUUAUGUGAUUUUGGUUUUGCAAGAAUGCUUACGGGUCCUGGUGAUGAAUAUACAGAUUACGUGGCAACUCGUUGGUAUCGAGCCCCAGAAUUAUUAGUAGGUGAUACGCAAUAUGGUCCUUCGGUAGACGUCUGGGCGAUUGGCUGCGUCUUCUCAGAGUUAUUAACAGGGCAGGCGUUAUGGCCUGGACGAUCUGAUCUAGAUCAGUUAUAUCUUAUCAGAAAAACUUUAGGUGAUUUAAUACCACGGCAUAUGGAGAUAUUCUCGUGUAAUGCUUUUUUUAAAGGUAUGAUAAUACCUGACCCUGAGAGAAUGGAACCUUUAGAAGAAAAAUUUCCAAGGUUUAGUAAAGAAGCUAUCUCCUUUUUAAAUGACUGUUUAAAAAUGGACCCUCAAGACAGAGCAACAUGUGAACAGUUAAUUCAUCAUCCAUAUUUAGAGAAAAUGAGAGAACGAGAUCCUUCUUCUUCGCGAAGGACAGAAAACAGUUCACGUUUUGGUAAUACACACGUAGAACAUGAAACAUUUACAUUUUUGAUAUCUAAUUUAAAGUUAUGA